AUGACCAUAGAGAAUGAUUGUAGCAAAUUCGUCCAAAAAUGUCACAAGUGUCAGAUUCAUGGAGACUUGAUAAAGGUUUCUCCAACAGAACUGAAUGCUAUGACGUCACCUUGGACAUUCGCCGCUUGGGGCAUGGAUGUCAUAGGACCAAUUGAGCCAGUUGUGUCAAACAAACACCGCUUCAUUUUGGUCUCCAUAGACUACUUCACCAAGUGGGUAGCAGCAACAUCUUAUGCAUCGGUAAUAAAGAAAGUAGUCGUGGAUUUUUUGCGCAACAACAUCAUAUGCCGAUUUGGUAUCCCAGAAUCGAUCAUAACAGACAAUGGGGAUAAUCUGAAUAGCCACUUGAUGAAAGAAAUGUGUGCGCAUUUCCAAAUCACUCACCUAAAUUCAACUACAUACCGACCACAAAUGAAUGGGGUUGUGGAAUCUGCCAACAAAAACAUCAGGAAGAUCCUCAGGAAGAUGAUUGAUAACUACAAAGAUUGGCAUAAACAACUGCCAUACAUUACUGGGAUAUCGCACAACUGCCAGAACUUCAACUGA